GCGCCUGCUGCCGCACGUCGCACAUUGCGCAGUGCUGUGGCCGAGGGCGGCAAGCACUGCGGGGCAGCUCAUACCUUUUUCGGGGACAUCUCUCCUGUCAGCAGCAAAGCCCGGCGGGGAGAUUCUCGUUAGGGCCUGGCUCGACGCGUUUGUCAUCGGCCGAACUUUUUGCCCUUGGGCACGGCCAGCUGACAAGCGCCGCAAUAUUCGCAUUGUGGAAAGCUCCGGCAAAGAUGCGGACGAGGUAAUCUUCGAUCUGUUGUCAGAGGCUGAGGCAUUGCCAGAUGGUCCUGGCGCUGAUGGCCAAGCAACGACGACCUUGGUCGUCUGUCCGUAUGUGGAGGAGUGGAAGGAGUACCCGGCUUUUCGCGACUUCUACGAGGAGGAGCUGGAAGGAGGCAGCGGCUUCCUUGAAGAGUUUGACAUGAAAAUCAUUGCCUUCCACCCCAAGUACUUGCGCUACGGUUUCUCUGUGGAAGAGGGCGACCGUGUGGCCAUCGCCAACGCGAAUGGCACCACCAGCAGUGCGACUGUGCUGGACGAGGAAGGCGGGCUACACCCGCAGGAUGGAGAGGAGCUUCUCGAUGUUCGUUUCGAUGAUGGCGAGGAGUUCCUGGUGCGCUACAGCUCCAUCAUCACAAAGCUUGCUGUGGAUGCCACUACUGGUGAAGAGCGCUCUGCAGAUGAUGGCAGCGGCGAUGCUGCCAACCUGCUUAGCCGAGCCCCUCGGCCGACCUUUCACCUGCUGCGGCUGGAGGAUCUGGAUGCAGCAGGCGAUGCUGCUCAGGCAGGAUCUGGCCCCAACAUCAAGGCCGUGCUCGCCGAGAACGCGCGGCGGGCUGCUGACCUUGGCCUGGACGGCAUGGACGAGCUCCUGAAGCAGUGUGGCUGA